AUGAGCAGUAACCGUCCCUUCUUCUCCAAUUUCUGGGCCACUUUCCGUGCCCACUCCGCCGCACUGCCCAAGUCAAAUCCGUCCAUAUCGACGACUUCCUCGGCCGCUGCAGCAGUCGGUACUUCACACUCUCAAACCGUCUGGUCUUCGACUUCGACGACAAAUCCUUCCCAAUCUUCUUCUAAUGCCGCUUCGGCGCCUCGUGCUAUCAAUUCCAAGUCGGCUAAUUCCAACCAACCCACCACCACUCCUGCUCGACGAAACCGCAGAGGCUCUGACAGCAGCUCCGAAGGUGGCAUGGGGUAUAGAGAUGUUCUUGGAGCCGAGAAGUGGUACAUUGGCGGCAGGACUGCUGCAGGCGAAGAGAGAUUCUACAAGCUCAGCAUGGUACGCCGUGACACGAGUGCUGAUCGCCUCAGCGCUGACAGGCUGAGCCUCUGA